AUGAACGGCAAGCUUCACACAAUCUUUGGGGAACACGUGGGUCUUGGUAGUUUAUCUGAUGUUGUCAACUUAUAUCCAUCCAUACCCAUUGACGAAGCAAUUCCGAUUAUUAUAGAUAUAUUGAACGCUGGCAUUGAUGACUUAAAAACUCGAACUAAACUUACUCUUGCAGACAUAGAUCAAUUAAUUGAACUUUCAUUAAGUAUAUGCUAUUUUUUAUAUGAAAACAAUAUCCGAAUAAUAACUAAUUCAGAUGCUAAAGGUUUAUCUUUAAUGGUUAUUAUGGCGGAAGUGUUUUUACAAAAUAUAGAAAGAAAAGCCCUUAACAUAGCAAUUAUUCAUUCAUCCGAACCAAAAACUUACAAGAGAUAUGUAGAUGAUUGUCAUGCUCGCUUUGCUUCAAUAAAACAACAACAAAUGUUCCUGAACAUCCUUAAUCAACAACAUCCUGCCAUACAAUACACAGUGGAACUUGAAAACGACCUCAAACAACUCAAUUUAGAAAUUAACAUUACAAACACAGGCUCUGGAACUUAUGAAUUUCAAAUACAUAGAAAAGAAGCUAAUUUUACUAAUAAGUAA